AUGCAGCUCCAGGGCCGUGCUGGUGAGGCUACCACUCCCGAUACUCGCGUGUCUGCUACCCCAGGUGCUGGUGAGGCUGCUGCUCUAGGUGCUCGUGAGUCUGCGCCCCCUGGUACUGAGUCGACUGAGGCACUGCACACCUUCACUCUGGACUCAGGUGCUUCUCGCUGUUUCUUUCGUGACCGCACUUCCCUUGAGCCGCUUGCUCGGCCAGUUGCUGUCUCCCUCGCUGACCCCUCUGGGGGUCCGGUCAUUGCGACCUCCUCCACUGUCCUUCCUUGUCCUGCGGUCCCGUCGGGCACACUGUCAGGUCUCCACCUCCCCUCGUUCUCUACGAACUUGGUGGCGGGUUGUGCGCUCCAGGACGGGGGUGUUCACCAGUUCACCCCUGCCUACGAGCGCGUGACACACUGCACGUGUGCUCGGACGGGCCGUCACCUGGCUACCUUCACUCGGCAGCCGGGGUCGGACCUGUACACACUGACCACUGAGUCCCCUCAGGUAGCUGCGUCUGCGUCUGCGUCAGGUCAGCUGUCGGCCCCCUGCUCGUGUCGCUCUCUGGCGCACGAGACCGUCCUCUGGCACCACCGACUUGGUCACCCGUCCGUGCAGCGCCUUCGUGCCAUGCACAAACGGUACCUUGUCUCUGGUCUUCCCAGGGUUCUCCCUCCCCUCCCACCCUCGCCUGCUCCUCCCUGUCUUCCCUGUGUCGAGGGGCGGCAGCGCGCCGCUCCUCACUCCUCCUCGUUUCCCCCGACGACUGCUCCCUUGCAGACGCUCCACAUGGACGUGUGGGGCCCAGCCCGCGUCCGUGGUCAGGGUCAGGAGAGGUACUUCCUGAUAGUUGUUGACGACUACUCGCGCUACACCACGGUCUUCCCCUUGUGCACCAAGGGUGAGGUCCCUGAUGUUUUGAUCCCUUGGAUCAGCGCUUCUCGUCUCCAGCUCAGCGAGCGUUUCCACUCGGACUUUCCUGUCCUGCGCUUGCACUCUGACAGAGGUGGUGAGUUCUCCUCCGACCUCUUGGCAGCCUACUGUGCGGAGCACGGCAUCCGCCAGUCGUUCACGCUUCCGGCCUCUCCACAGCAGAAUGGGGUUGCUGAGCGCCGCAUUGGCUUGGUCAUGGAGGUCGCUCGUACCUCCUUGAUCCAUGCGGCUGCCCCCCACUUUCUGUGGCCGUUUGCAGUCCGAUACGCUGCGCAUCAGCUCAACCUCUGGCCCCGUGUCUCCGUUCCGGAGACUUCGCCGACACUGCGUUGGACAGGAGAGGUUGGCGAUGCGUCACGCUUUCGGGUCUGGGGAUCUCGAGCCUUUGUUCGCGAUACGUCCGCGGACAAGCUCUCCUCCCGCGCUGUUCCUUGUGUCUUCCUUGGCUUUGUCCCGGACGCGUCUGGUUGGCAGUUUUACCACCCCACCUCGCGCCGUGUCCUGCCUUCUCAGGACGUGCUGCUGUGGUAG